CAAGAUGAUCAGCGGAUUUGCGUGAUUCGUAUGCUUAGUCGUAACAAAACUUUAUUGGUUGGAGAUUUGCGCCAGUAUCAUUAAAAAAACUAUUUAUCUUAUUUAUUUAUGAGCGAGAGGAAAAAAAAAUUGGUACGAUAACAUCUAGGGAUGGAGUAAAGUAUCCAGCUUUGCAGCCACCUGCCCUCUGAACUUCUUGUUCUUGGUCUCACACUUCCAUCCGAGGCAAGAACAAGAACAAGAAGGCCGCCUCUAUCCAAUCCAAUCCAAUCCAAUCGAAAGAUUUUCAUUUUGAUCGUGGUGCCAUCAACUGAAGGAAUUGCAAGAUGGCAGAAGCUGCAACCACAAGGACAAGGUACUGGUGCCAUGAAUGUGAGCAGGUCAUUCAAGAGGCCAUGGUGGAUGAGAUCAAGUGCCCAUUCUGUGAUAGUGGAUUCGUUGAAGAGGUGACUGGUGAGGAGCUUGAGAGAUUGACUAGCAGGCAGCCAGAGGUGUUCUCACAGUGGGGAGUGCUGGAAAACCCUAUUGAGCAACCAGGAGAAGCGAGGGACAGUGAUGAUGAAGAUAACGAUAUAGGUCGUGAGUUUGAGGGUUUUAUCAGGAGGCAUCAACGGGCAUCAGCUCUACGACGAGUGCUUGACAGCAUCCAUGAUGACCUCGCAGAUGACCAAGAAAGGGACAGUUCCAUUCUGAUCAACGCAUUCAACCAAGCCCUCGCUCUGCAAGGCUCAGUGAUUGAUCCCGAUGAGGGCCAAGGUGACCAAGGCGGUUCAACAAAUGAUGAUGGCUUACUGGAGGAGUAUGUCCUUGGGGCAGGUCUGAGCCUGCUGCUUCAGCAUUUGGCUGAGAGUGACCCAAGCCGGAAUGGUACUCCUCCUGCGAAGAAAGAGGUGGUCGAAGCGCUGCCCACUGUGAAAAUCGAAGAGGUUGUGAGCUGUUCAGUCUGCCUUGAUGAUCUUGAGCUGGGGUCCCAAGCUAGACAGAUGCCAUGUGAACAUAAGUUUCAUUCUCCUUGUAUCCUGCCAUGGCUUGAAUUACAUAGUUCCUGCCCAGUAUGCCGGUUUGAGCUGCCAUCUGAGGAUACAAAAGACAUGAAUGAGUCUAGCAACAUUGAUAGAGUGGAUGACAGCCACGAGGAAGUCAGAGCCGAUGGCCCUGGAAAUGUCAGCGAAAGCAGUAACAGACCGUGGGCUAUUGUUCCUUGGUUGAAUGAGCUAUUCUCAACUCGUGAGUCGCAAAAUGUUGGAGGUGUUUCUACCAAUCAACAACCACCGCAUGCUUCUGGAACCAGCCCAAAUGCAGGGCAGAGUUGAUUUCUGCUGCUGUUGUGAAUAAUGAUAGUACAUCUGAGAAUAGCGAAGUAACACACUGGUAGGACUGUUGUUUCCUGUACCGAUCAUCUCCCUUGGAUGAAUCACACUGCACAAAGCUUGCUAUGGCGUUGCCAUAUGAUCCUUGCUCAUUUGCUUUGCUUCAGCUUGCUGCAGCUAAAUCGGUUCUACGUGUCGCGACACUGAUUUCGUUCUUGGCUCUGAGAAUGGUACACCACUCAUGAGUCAUGAUUGGCAAACACCAGCCGUAAAUCAACUUCACUAUUUACCAAUAAGGCAUUACACAUUCGUGUAAAAAAAAAACCAUGGGUGGGCAAGUGCAGCUAACACUGGCUUUUGGAAGAAGCUGAGGUGUUGCCAAAACUUAAAAUUUCUGGUAAAGUCUAGCUCUGGUAUUUCACAGUGUUGCUUUGGUGGAAGUUCUUUUAUAUGGAGCAUACUUAAUUGGAAAAUUAUGUAAAUUGUGAUGCAUGCCUAAUAGUACUUAUCCUUUCUUCAGAAGUGAUUAAAUUUUUCCUGAGGUUUUUAUUCGCUGCUCUGUUCAGCAGGGUUGAGAUAAACCUUUAUGGACCAGAACUUAGAUUUAAUUGUUCUCUAUUUCACGAGAUGUUCUGUUUGUCUGCUUACUUGUAGCAACGGCCGCAAGUUUAUUACUAAUUUAUCAUCUAGCCAGUGGGUCACUAGGUGAUUUAUCUAAAUGAUACGACAUCUUAGGAGAUCGCAUCUAAAUCUGGUUCAGCUUUUACCAUGCAGCAAUCCUUAAUUGAACUCUGGACUUUGCAAUGGUCCGUGGUGGUGAUCAAAAGAACACAUUAGUGGCUCUGGGAUCUAUACUGGCUUUGCAUUAUGCAUCCUAUUAUUAUUCGUUACGAAUGUACGAGGUGCUCAGGCAUAGUUUGACA